GAACCAAUCUACCAGCGGUUCUUUCCUUGAAAAUUUUCAACAUGGCUGCAGUGCUGGCGGUGAAUGGUUGUGCAGAAGUAGAAAAUUUGCUACAAUUUUGCAAUAUUUCGAAAGAAAGGAUUCGUGUGGAAGAGCAAAAAGAGUUCACCUCACCUAAGGAGCCAACUUUGACCUUUAGUUCAGGCGAAACAGUAACUGGUGUGCGAACAGUAGGGGCAUAUCUCUCCAGAAUAUCAACUCAAAAACUUCUUGGAGGGUCAGCUCUGGAGAGAGCUCUAGUAGAUCAGUGGAUGGAAUACUGUCAGUCACAUUUGGAAUCUUCUCUUCAGGAUGGAACUCUUAUCAAAGGGGCAUUAAGAUAUUUGGAUAAAUCUCUGUCUAGAACAGUAUAUCUGGUGGGCUGUCAGUUAACACUAGCUGAUAUCAUGUUGUAUUAUGCACUUCAUCCUCUAAUGCUGGAGCUUAGCAUCCAAGAAAAGGAACAAUUUAUUAACCUUUCAAGAUGGUUUAAUCAGGUGCAGUAUUACCCUGGAGUCCGACAAUAUUUGCCUGAAGUAUCAUUUCUACGCAACAUGCUCUACAGUUGACAUUGUGGUACAUCAUUUGAUUAUAUGAACUUAUAUGUAUUUUACUGCUAAGACGUAUGCCCUAAUUCCCAAAUGUGUUGCCAAUUAUGACUAAAUAAAUUUAUUACUUAUUCUGUCUUUGAAUGCAAUGCUAUUUUGUUUAUUACAGUAGAACUGUAGAAUGAGAAAAAAAAAAUGAGUCAAACCCAUCAACAUUAUUUUUUUUGUUUACUUUUAUUGGCAUAGUUCUUUGUGUAGUGUUUUUUUUGUCAUAAGUUAUAAAGAACAAGUUUUGAUACUACCACUCUUGCAGGCUGAAUAAAAUAUGUAUUUACUUCCAGACUGGCAAAACAAUCUCAAAAUUGCAGAUGCAGUGUUAAAUGCAGACAGUAAUAAAUUAUUUGUUUUCUAUGUUAACUUGAUGAAUAUAUUGUUCUAUUUGCUACUUUUUUUUUAAUAACUUCUGUUAGAGCUAAAAUGCCAUGCCCAUUCCUAUCUCUACAAAAUUGUACCUUAAAAAUAAUAUGCUACCUAAUUAGCUCAACAAUAUUCGUUUUUUUUUUAAAUUCCCCCUCUGGAAUCCUCUUUAAUAUGAGUCUCUUUAUAAGAGUACAAACAUUUUUUAAGGAUAUAUAUGUUGUACAUAAAAUAAUCCUUGUACAUCACUUGUAUGCUUUUAACACCACAAUAUACAAAAUAUUUCUCAAAACUACCUGGGCAGAAGUAGGUGCCUUUUAGAUACUUGCUGUACACACUUGCAAUAAAUUAAGCCUUUUCCUUAAAAAAUAAAAUA